AUGAAAGAUUAUGAUGAGACGACAGCCUUCCUCGGACAGUGGGGAUGUUUCCAGCAGAUGGUCUUCUUCCUGCUCUGUGCCACCGGCAUCCCCAAUGGAUUCAGCGGCCUCUCAGUUGUCUUUCUGGCUGAUAUCCCCCCACACCACUGCCUGGUUCCUGAGGCCAACCUGACCCAAGAGUGGCACAAGGCUAUCAUACCAAUCGAGGUGGUGAACGGGCAAGAGGAGAUGAGCAGGUGCAGCCGAUACAGACUGGAUGUGGUCAGAAAUCUGUCCGCUCAGGGAUACACUCCCGGCAGGGACGUCAACCUAACUGAUCUGGAGCAGGAGGGCUGUUUGGACGGAUGGAGCUAUAGCAGAGACACCUACCAAUCCACCAUAGUCACAGAGUUUAACCUGGUGUGUGGGGAACAGUGGAAGCAGCCCGUCACUUCUACAGCUUACUUCCUAGGAGUGCUUUGUGGAUCCUUCAUCUCAGGACAGCUCUCAGACAGAUUUGGACGGAGACCAGUUCUCUUUGCAACAAUGGCAGUGCAGACGAUUUUUACUUUCAUUCAAAUCUUUUCCCCAUCCUGGACGGUGUUCACCAUCCUCUUCUUCACUGUUGGAUUGGGACAGAUCUCCAACUAUGUGGCUGCUCUGGUGCUGGGCAGUGAGAUCUUGGCAGGCAAAGUACGCGUCCUGUUUGCAUCUCUGGGUAUUACUCUGUCCUAUGCCACUGGCUACAUGAUGCUUCCUCUCUUCGCUUACUUUUUGAGAGGCUGGAAAUCUCUCCUGCUCGCCCUGUCUCUGCCUGGCCUGCUCUACAUCCCCUUCUGGUGGUUCAUCCCAGAGUCUCCUCGGUGGCUGCUCACCCAGGGAAGAGUGAAGGAGGCUGAGGCCGUACUGAGAAAUGCUGCUAAGAGGAACAAAAUAAAGGCUCCACAGGACAUCUUUAAAGACUACAACGCUGAUAUGGAUAAGAGCCAGGGUAAACCUGAGGAACGGCACAGUGUUCUCGACCUGGUACGGACCAGCAACAUAAGAACUGCAACAAUCAUUCUCAUCCUGGUGUGGUCCAGUCUGAACAUUGCCUACUUCUGCCUGUCCCUGAACACAUCCCAGCUCCAUGGAAAUCCUUAUGUCAGCUGUUUCCUCUCAGCAGCCGUGGAGGUUCCAGCAUACAUAUUCAGCUGGCUGUCACUGCACCGCCUUCCACGUCGCUUUUGUGCUGUAGGUACCCUUCUGCUGGGAGGACUGUCAAUCUUUGUUAUUCAACUGGUGCCUCAGAGUUUGCCAGAAAUGUCUGUGGCCCUGGAGAUGCUGGGUAAAUUUGGCAUUUCCAUGGGUUUAGCCCAGGUGAUUGUGUUCAGCACAGAGCUGUACCCCACAGUGAUCCGAAACACAGCAACAGGGACCUUUUAUACAUUCUCCAGAGUGGGAAGCGCCAUUUCGCCUUACCUCUUCCAACUGAGCACAUAUUAUAAGUAUCUGCAUUACAAUAUACUGGGGUCUCUGGUUAUUCUCUCUGCCGUGGGCAUUAUGUUCCUUCCAGAGACCUUUGGACGACCUCUACCUGAAACUAUUCAACAGAUGCAUAAGAGAGAAAAGUAG